AUGGUUCAAAGUAAGGAAGUCAUCAUCAUUGGAGCUGGCAUAUCCGGCUUGGGAAUGGCCAUCCAGCUGAAACGACUGCUGGGCCAUGAUAACUUCACCAUCUACGAGAAAUCCGACAAUAUUGGCGGAACAUGGUGGCACAAUCGCUACCCUGGAUGUGCCUGCGAUAUCCCUAGCCAUUUUUAUUCUUACAGCUUUGCACUAAAACAUGACUGGACAACGAUGUUUCCUGGUCGUGAUGAGCUCCAUCAGUACUUCUUCUCUGUUGCCGAAAAGUACGACAUACUCCCCCACUGUCGGUUCAACGCCAUGUGUGUCAGUCUAGUUUGGGAUAAUUCACGCUCCCUAUGGACUUGUACCUUCCAAGACACGAUCUCUGGAGAAAUCUCCAAGAAAGAGGCCCCUGUCGUGGUCAGCGCUAUUGGGACGCUUGACCGGCCUUACGUUCCUGAUAUCAACGGGUCGGAGUCGUUCCAGGGGGAGGUCUUUCAUAGUGCAAGGUGGAACGACUCCUUUAACCCUGCGGGAAAGAAGAUUAUAGUCCUUGGUAAUGGAGCCUCCGCUACUCAAUUUGUUCCCGAGCUAGUCAAGGAUGUUGGGCCCCAGGGCACGGUAACGCAGUUUGUACGGAGUGCCCACUGGUGGACCAGGCGGGGUAAUCCACAAUACUCGGAAGGCUUCAAACUUGUCCUGAAGCAUGUUCCCUUCGCAGCGAACGUCUACCGUAUCAUUCUCGCAUGGCAACUAGAAAGAGUCUUUUAUUCGUUCUACAUGAACAGCAAUGGCGCUGCUAUGCGCCAAAAGAUCCGGGAUGCUACCUACUCGUUCAUUGAAAGCGACGCGCCGCCCCAAUACCACAAAAUCCUCAAGCCAAGAUACGAGCCUGGGUGCAAACGCCGAGUCAAUACCGCUUCCUACAUGGCUUGUUUACACUCUCCACAGAUGCUUCUGACCGAUAAUUCUGUGGUGAAGGUAGGCUCGGACUAUGUGGAGACUAAAAGUGGUGACCGUCAUGCAGCCGAUGCAAUCAUCUACGCAACGGGCUUCCAAGCUCAGAAGUGGCUAUUUCCCAUGCAGAUUAAUGGAAUUAACGGUACGGAUCUACACCAAGUCUGGGAUGCUACCGGCGGCGCCGAGGCGUACAAAGGCACCGUGGUGAGCGGGUUUCCCAAUUUCUUCAUCUUGUACGGUCCGAAUGCUGCAACUGGUCAACAUUCGGUUAUUUUCCACUCGGAAUGUCAAAUUAACUACUCGUGCCGUCUUGUUCGGCCAGUUCUGAAAGGCAAGGCCGACUCGAUUAUGGUCAAACCUGAAGCGCAACAACGAGACCUAUCUUGGGUCCAUGACAAGUUGAACCAUCUUGUGUUCAAUAGCGGCUGCCAAAGCUGGUGGAUGGAUCCAGUCACCAGGAAGAAUACCUUCAUUUACCCCGAUCCUAUGUACAAGUAUUGGCUUCAACGGAAAAAGGCGCAGAAGCCGCGGCCAGAUGCUCUCCAUGGGGGUAUUUUGGGUCUGGCAGCUGUUGCUGUCACUAUUCCUACGGAUGUCCAAAAUCUGAUAGAGAAGGCCUCUAGCUGGUUGCUGGUCAAUGCUCAUCGAUCUUAA